UAUAUAACUUCGAUGAUUUUCCUAUAUUAUGGGUGUUUCUUUAGUAUCAGAAUGGCUUUUGUAUAAGAAAAAACAAAGACAAGAUAUGAACGUGUUAAAAUUUAAGGUGUUUACAUCUGAUUUGAUAAUUAAUGUAAUUUGUAUUUGGUUGCAUUUCUAAAUCAUCUUUUUAUUUCUAGUCGGACACAUAUUCAAGAGCUAACAUGUUUUAUGCAAUAAAAAUAAAAUCAUUGUUGAGAUUAUGAUUUGAUUUCUGUUUAAAAUCAUUAUCUUCCAUAUUUAUUACUAUAGUGUUAGGCCUCAUAAGUAACAAAACAGAGUAUAUAAAUACGAGACCGACUUAAUACUCAUCCGCCACGUGGUUUUGCGUAUAAAAAAAACAGAGUCCAAACAUUUCCUCACCACUUCACUCCAUUUCCUCAUCUAACAUCGACGAAGAAGAAGAGACACAACACACAAAAAGACUCGUCUGAUUAUGGCUCUCGAAGCGAUGAAUCCUCCUUCGUUCACAGUCCGUAAAGAUGAUCCGAUGAACGACGCCGUUUUCAUGGAGCCUUGGCUGAAACGCAAACGCUCGAAACGCCAGCGUUCUCGCAGCCCUUCUCCAUCCUCUUCCUCCUCGCCGCCUCGAUCUCGCCGACCUAAAUCCGAGAGUCAGGAGGAUCCUACAGAGGAAGAGUAUCUCGCUCUCUGUCUCCUCAAGCUCGCUAAAGACAAACACUCUCCCCCGCCGCCGCCGCCGCCAACGCAAGAUUCGACAAAGCUUUCGUACAAGUGCAGCGUUUGCGGGAAAGCGUUUCCUUCGUAUCAGGCUUUAGGCGGACAUAAAGCCAGUCACCGAAUCAAACCUCCAGCAAAUGAUUCAACGAGCAUAGAGAAGCAUCCCAGUUCCACCACCGUCCCACCUUCCGGGAAGAUUCACGAGUGCUCUAUCUGCCGUAAAGUGUUUCCGACGGGUCAAGCUCUCGGCGGUCACAAACGCUGUCACUACGAAGGAAACCUCGGAGGAAGCAAAUCGAUCAGCCAGAGUGGAAGCGUGUCGAGCACGGUUUCGGAAGAACGAAGCAACCGCGUGUUGAUCGAUCUAAACCUUCCGGCUUUACCGGAGCUCAGCCUACAUCAUCACAACCCAGUCGUCGACGAUGAGAUUCUGAGUCCGUUGACCGGGAAGAAACCGCUUUUGUUGACCGGUCGUGACCAAGUCAUCGUCAAGAAAGAAGAUUUAUCUCUUAGAAUAUAAUAAUAUUCGAUUAUUAUACAUAAAACUUUAGUUUCAUUUUCAUUCGUUAUAAUUAUUUUUAUUUUAAUGGGAUUGGUUAUUCAUUCUAUGUUAGGGAUACAUACAAAAUUUGAUUGUUUGGAUUCGAAUAAAUCAUAGUUUCAUUUUGA